UAAAUAUAAGGAUGCUGUCAACUAUUGCAAACAACACAAAACGAAUUUCAAGUUGAGGAACACUUCUGAAAAAGAGGAAAAAUGAACACAGUUGCUGUAUUUCUGUUUGCCGUAUGCGCAGUGCUGGCUGUUUGCUCAGCCAAGAGACAUGUGUUUAUCUGCGAGGGAUCGAGUGGUCCCAUAACGUGUGCCGAAGGCAAGAAAAUGAAUGUGUUAAACGCCUACUACGGAAGAACACACGGCAACUCUAUCUGCUACCAUUCUGCUACAUCCAACCAGAAUUGCAAAGCCUAUGGCUCCGAAGCCAAAAUCAGGACAUCUUGUCACAAUCAACAGUCAUGCAGCUUGACAGCAAACAACGGAGUGUUUGGAGAUCCCUGCGUUGGAACGUACAAAUACAUUGAGAUGGUGUUCACCUGUGUGAAUGCAUAGAACAACCGGACAUAUAUACCAAUGAAGAUAUGAAAUAACCUCGCAUAGAAAGAAAAUGACAAAAGACUAGUCUCGAGGUGUUAGAAGAUCAGGUGGUUUGCAUCUUCUCUUCCACCUGGAGUUUAUACAACAAUGUCAAUAUAGUAUUGCAUUGACUCUAUCACAAUUUUGAAACAAUAAAAUAGAAUUUAAAACUGUCA